AUGGCAAUGUGGGUGGAAGAAGAAGAUAGAUCAAAUGGACCUUCAAUGCAAGACAAAAAAUUGUUCUUGUUGCAAAACUCAAAGCGUGUGGUGAAGACUGAUGCAGGAGAGAUGAGAGUGUUAGAGAGUCGUGGUGGUAGAAUAUUGGAAAGACGCUUACACGUUGGUUUCAUUACUAUGGAACCAAGCUCACUUUUUGUUCCUCAAUAUCUUGAUUCUACUCUCAUCAUAUUUGUCCUUACAGGGGAAGCAAAGGUUGGAUUCAUGUAUGAGAAUGAAUUGGAGGAGAGCGAAUUGAAGAAGGGGGAUGUAUAUCAAAUUCCAGCUGGUUCUGCAUUUUAUUUGUCGAAUAUUGGGGAGGGUCAAAAACUUCACAUUAUUUGCAGCAUUGACCCCUCAGAGAGUUUGGGAAUUGGUAUUUUCCAGUCUUUCUAUAUUGGAGGAGGAGCUCCAGUGUCGGUAUUUUCCGGAUUCGAGCCUCGAAUCCUUGAAUCUGCAUUUAAUGUAUCAGGAUCAGAGUUGAGUAAAUUCUUCACAAGGAAACAUGAGGGUCCAAUUGUACAUGUGGGCCGUUCACAUGCAAGUGCUUCAAGCAUAUGGACUAAAUUCCUUCAAUUAAAAGAGGAAGAGAAACUACACCACAUGAAGAAAAUGAUGCAAGAUCAAGAAGAAGAUGACGUUGAAGAAGAAGUAAAGCAAAAAACAAGUUGGUCUUGGAGGAAGCUAUUGGAAUCUGUAUUUGGAGGUGAAAUAGAAAAUAUGAAAAAGGACAAGGUUGCACAUAAAUCCCCUCGCUCUUGCAACCUCUAUGACAGAAAACCAGAUUUCAAGAACAGUUAUGGUUGGAGUGUUGCUCUAGAUGGUUCUGAUUAUUCACCACUUAAAAGUUCCGGCGUUGGAAUUUAUCACGUCAAUCUCAAACCGGGAUCCAUGAUGACACCCCAUGUAAAUCCAAGGGCAACAGAGUAUGGCAUAGUGAUAAGAGGUUCUGGUAGAAUUCAAAUAGUGUUUCCAAAUGGAACCAAUGCAAUGGACACACAUAUUAAACAAGGAGAUGUUUUCUUUGUACCAAGAUACUUCGCAUUUUGCCAAAUAGCAUCAAGCAAUGAACCACUUGAUUUCUUUGGGUUCACAACUUCAGCUCAGAAGAACAAGCCACAGUUUUUGGUCGGUGCCACGUCACUUAUGAAGAGCAUGAUGGGACCUGAACUUGCUGCUGCUUUUGGAGUGAGUGUGGAUGCAAUGCAAAACAUCCUUAAUGCACAACAUGAGGCUGUUAUAGUACCUGCAUUACAAGCUGGACAAUAAAAUUCUCGAUUUCUUCGAACCAAAAAGAAAUCUUAACGAAUAAUGAUUCAUAUACACAUGGGUUGAUGGGUGCUUGAUGUGAAAACCAAUAAUUUUGCAUUUGC